GUGGAGUCACUAUGUCAACUUUAUUAUAAUAACGUCUGCUUCUUCAGUAGCCUCAUAUCCGCGUGGCUCUUUAAACAAGAGGAAUAUUUGGUACCAGGCUUGUGCUGUCAUACCGGAUUUAGGGGAUUGAGGAGAAUGUCCAGUGUGCUGUUUUAAAAUAAACUGGAGCAGCAGAAAGAAUUGACCUGAGGUGCUGGUGGGUUAACGAUUUGACGACGUGACUAUAGUCUAUAUUCAGCUGCGCUAUGCUUCAACAGGCGGGUCCAGUUACGUUUUAAUAUAAAAUGAAAGUAACAUUUGAAUAUGUUGAAAAUGUCGCUUUCGUAUAACGUAAUGCUGCAGUAAUAGCGAUAAGUACUACACUUUGACUGUCUUGCAGCAGCAGCGAAAGAGUCAAAGAUGAGAUUUUUCUUUGCUUCAGGCAGUGGGCGUGUUUUUGUCCAGAUAACGGGACUGGGUGAGGGGCAGAACUUGUUGUCUGGCAUUUCUCCUGGACCCCGUGCUUAGUCGAUAAAACUGCUCCAAUUCAUAAUAAUAUCCUUUAAAUAUGCGACACGGACGGACGGUGAUCUAGCGAAGGUACACGCGACGUGCGGCGGUGCGUUUGAUCAACGGGAGCGAGCUGGCGUCAGAAAUGACACGUUAGGGUAACUUUACCGUUCAUUCCUAUUCGAGCACUUUUAAACAGGAUAUUUGUUAUCCUAAUACAACAUCAGUGAUUAUUUCUAGAGGAUACCACUAUGCAAAACGACAAGUCAGAGCCGAGUGAAGUCAAGGGCGCCGAGAGUGCGAGCACACCCGACACCGAGAAGAAAGCACUGAGUACCGCGGAGCGUGGAGGUCCCAAACCCAAAGGGAUAAGUGCGGUCGCGGUGCUCUGGACGUUUGGGAAAUGUAUAGGCGCCUUGCUUCCCGUCUACCUGGCCGGUUACUACCGUGUCAGCACCAGCCUGUUGGUGUUCGGCAUGAUGGUCUACACGGGAUGGAAACAUGCCCGAGAAGCCAAGGAGACACGCCUGAGGUCAGCCAUACAGCUGCUCAACAACGAGGAGGAGUACACGUCCAUGAAAGUGUCCAAAAGCAAGCGCGACCUCCCUGCGUGGGUCAGCUUUCCAGAUGUUGAGAAGGUUGAGUGGCUGAAUAAGGUGCUGCAGCGGGUGUGGCCAUUUGUCGGCCAAUACCUUGAGAAGCUGCUGGUUGAAACCAUCGCUCCGUCUAUCCGAGCCUCAAGCACCCACCUCCAGACCCUCAGCUUCACAAAAGUAGACAUGGGAAACAAGGCCAUGAAGGUUGUAGGGAUCAAGGCACACACAGAGAACGACAAUGGACAAGUGCUGCUAGAUCUGUAUAUCAGCUAUGUUGGCAAUGUAGAGAUCAACGUUGAGGUGAAGAGAUACUUCUGCAAAGCUGGAGUCAAAGGAAUACAGCUACAUGGGAUGAUGCGGGUGAUUCUGGAGCCUCUGAUUGGAGAUGUACCCAUAGUGGGUGCGGUCACCAUGUUUUUCAUCCAGCGGCCCAAACUAGACAUCAAUUGGACUGGACUUACUAAUUUGUUGGACAUCCCUGGACUGAAUAUCAUGUCUGACAGCAUGAUUAUGGAUGCCAUUGCCUCCUUCUUGGUGCUGCCCAACCGCCUGGUUGUUCCUCUGGUUCCAAACCUGCAUGUGGCCCAACUACGCUCUCCUUUGCCGAGGGGAGUGGUACGCAUCCACCUACUGGAGGCACAGAAUCUAGCGGCCAAAGACAACUAUAUGAAAGGGGUUAUGGCUGGUUUAUCUGACCCCUAUGCCAUCUUGAGGGUUGGUCCUCAGACCUUCACUUCCAAACACAUUGACAACACAGACUCUCCCAAAUGGGAAGAGAUUUACGAGGUUAUAGUCCAUGAAGUGCCUGGUCAAGAGUUGGAGGUGGAGGUAUAUGACAAAGACACAGACCAGGAUGAUUUCCUGGGCAGGACCAAAUUAGAUUUGGGCAUUGUGAAGAAAUCCAUCGUUGUCGAUAAUUGGUUCACUUUGAAAGAAACGCCGUCAGGGCGGGUUCAUUUCAGACUGGAGUGGUUGGCCUUGCUGCCUAGCACCGAUCGACUGGAGCAGAUCCUAAAGAGGAAUGAAAGUGUCACCAGUAAGACUGCCGAUCCGCCUUCUUCAGCCAUCUUGGUUGUAUAUCUGGACAAAGCUGAGGCACUUCCUAUGAAGAAGGGACAAAAGGAGCCCAAUCCCAUGGUGCAGUUGUCUGUGCAGGACAUCACUCGAGAGAGCAAGACUUGUUACACAACCGUUAAUCCUCAGUGGGAGGAAGCUUUUACUUUCUUCAUCCAGGAUCCUCGCAACCAGGACAUAGACAUUCAGGUGAAGGAUGCCGACCGUGUGCAGACAUUGGGCAGUCUGAAAAUCCCUUUGUCCCGUCUGCUGUCCAAUUCUAAUCUGUCUCUGGACCAGUGGUUCCAGUUGGACAACUCUGGAUCUGCCAGUCGCAUCUAUAUCAACGCAGUUCUCCGGGUCCUGUGGUUAGAUGAGGAACACAUUUCAUCUGAUGUGUCAUCUAAUCUUGAGACUGGACUGUCCAAACAGCUGCCCCAGCAGACCUCCCCUCAUCCCAGCUUUGCCACAGAGGGACUGCUUAGAAUUCACCUAUUGGCAGGGCAGAAUCUUAUUCCGAAAGAUAACCUGAUGGGGGGCAUGGUAAAAGGAAAGAGUGACCCCUAUGUCAAGCUCAACAUCGGUGGCGAAACGUUCACAAGUGAGGUUAUCAAGCGUAAUCUUAACCCCACGUGGAAUGAGAUGUAUGAGGUGGUGCUGAGGCCUCAGUCAGGACAGGAGGUGCAGGUAGAGCUGUACGACAAAGACAUGGACAAAGAUGACUUCCUGGGCAGAUACCAAAUCAGUUUGGCAGACAUCAUCCGUUCCCAGUUCACAGACCAGUGGUACACCCUGAAUGACGUGAAGUCUGGACGCGUUCGGCUGAUACUGGAGUGGGUACCAGCAGUGUCCCACAAUGACUCCCUGGACCAAGUCAUGCGGGUGAUUUCUCUCCAGUCUUACCAGAACAAGACGGUUCCCUCUGCAGCUCUGCUCUUUGUUUAUGUCGACAGAGCACACUCAUUGCCUUUUAAGAAAAGUGGAAAGGAGCCCAAGGCUGCGGUCGAGCUUGUUUUUGGUAACACAACCUACAAAACUAAGGUAUGUGAUCGCUCAAGAUCACCUCAGUGGGAAGAGGCGUUCUACUUCUUAGUUCGCGACCCCACAGAGGAGAUGCUCAUAAUGAAGUUGUCGAGCGCAUGGGACCAGCCAAUGGGAUCUCUUGUAUUCCCUGUGAGAGAGCUGCUCUCCGAACCACAGCUCGUCCUGGACCAAUGGAUGCCUCUCGAUGGAGCCUUACCUGAAAGUGAGAUCCUGCUGAGGGCUGAACUCAAGGUCCUGAGCUCAAGGAUGACUGAAGCUCCACAGCCUUCUGUGACUGGUUCAAAGAAGGAAGAGAUUGUCGUUUCCACAACCAGUGAGGACGAGAAAAGCUCAGAGCUGACAAAAGAUGAAUCUGUUGCAGUAUCCAGCCAGUUCAAACACUCCGAAGCAGCAGAUGCUGCGGCCUCCACAGAGGAAUCUACUCCCGCUGAAGCAGCUGCCCUUUACACUGCACCUGAUACAUUCGCUGCUGCUGCACUGGUGGAGGAGCCAACAGCCCCAGAAGAGCAGCCCACACAGUCAGAGACCGCCGAACCUCAGGAUAUACAAACAGCAGGUACUGGUUUAGGCAACCUUGUUCACGCCACAGUAACUGGUAUUCCUGCUGACACACUGGGGCCUGCAGAGGUCGCAGAAGAUCUUCCAGCACACACCAGCCCCAGCCAGGACUUUGGUGAAGAGGGGCUGCUGAGGAUUCACCUGCUGGAGGCCCAGAAUCUGGUUGCAAAGGAUAACCUGAUGGGGGGCAUGGUGAAGGGCAAGAGCGACCCCUAUGUCAAGAUCAACAUAGGGGGAGUUACCUUCAAGAGUCAUGUUAUCAAGGAGAAUCUGAACCCAACGUGGAAGGAAAUGUACGAGCUGGUCGUGAGUGGGCACAGCGUCCAGGAGAUCCAAUUUGAAGCGUUUGAUAAGGAUUUCGAUUCUGAUGACUUCCUUGGCAGAUUCAGCAUCAAGCUAAAUGAGGUCAUCAGAUCCCAGUACACAGAUCAGUGGUACACUCUGAAUGAUGUGAAGUCUGGCCGGGUCCACUUGAUACUGGAAUGGGUUCCUACGGUGUCCCAUUCAGUCAGACUUGACCAGGUGCUGCAGCUUCAAGCUCUCCAGUCUUAUCAGAACAAGGCGGUCCCCUCCGCUGCUUUGCUCUUUGUCCAUCUGGAAGGAGCACAUUCAUUACCUCUGAAGAAGAGUGGAAAGGAACCCAAAGCAGGAGCUGAGCUUGUUCUGGGUGAAACAACCUACAAAACCGAACUGUGUGGCCGCAGCACCAGUCCUCAGUGGAGUGAGUCUUUCUUCUUCCUGGUCCAUGACCCCAAACAUCAGAUGCUUGUAGUAAAGUUGUCCAGUGGUUGGGACCAGCCAAUGGGAUCUCUGGUGGUUCCUGUCACGGAGCUGCUUGCAGAGCCACAGCUGGUCCUGGACCAGUGGUUCCAUCUGGAUGGAGCCGCACCUGAGAGUCAGAUCCUGCUGAGGGCUGAACUCAAGAUUCUAGAUUCCAAAAUGGUGGAUAUGAUCAGUGAAGGGACUCUGCCAUGCUCUGCCUCUGGACCUGGAAAUGGGCAGAUGAAGUUGUCUCUUUCAUAUGAGGAGAGAAAGCUCAUCGUCAUCGUCCAUGCCUGCAGAGGUCUGUUGUCUCAAAGUAAGGAUGGUGUAGACAGCUAUGUCUCGCUCAUGCUGCUGCCAGACAAAAGCAAAGCCACCAAGAGGAAGACGGCAGUGAAGAAAAGAGACCUCAACCCAGAAUAUAAUGAGAGGUUUGAGUAUGAUCUGUCUGUGGAUGAGACAAGAUUCAGACGCCUCAGUGCAUCAGUGAAAAACAACUCGGCCUCGUUCAGAAGCCGUGACGUCAUUGGACAGGUGCACAUUGAGUUGGCCCAGGUGGACCUGAUUUCUGGUGUCACAGAAUGGUUCACCCUGAGAGAUGAAGCUGAAUAAUCGUUCUGCGUGCUUAUGUCAUGGUACAAUAAUAAUGAUGGCAUUGUGCCACCGCUGCAGCUCACACUGAUGCCUGCUCCUUCCCACCUCUGCGUACAGUGGCAGCCUUACCUGCAUCCACCCAGCUCUCUGUGUAUCAAUAUAUAGUGUAGUAUUGGACUGCACCAAUACUCAUACCAAAGAUAAGUAGGCUGAAGUAGCUGAGUUGACGAUGAUAAAGUGAAAGUUUAUGUUGACUGAAAGUUACUUUACUAUAUGAAGAGAUAAUAUCUUUAAGAUUGAGUGGAGCAAGUGAAAGAUGAACAGGUCCAGAAAUAAUGAAGUCAUAUUUUGUUGUUUUGUUUGCUUUUUUUGCUGCAAGAAUGUUUAAAAUCUAGGAGUGUCUUGUUUGAAGUGCAGUAACGUUUUAAACUUUAGUGUUUUUUAUGUGUUGCUCAUGAAUGCUAAUGCCAUUUCAGUAUUUUGGAUCUGUUUUAUGACAGGCUUAUAUUGAAGUUAUUUUAUAUUUCACAGCACCUUGUUAUGUUUGUGUUUGAGAUUGCUUUUGAAUAUAAUUUUAUAAUAUUUUAUUUUCUACAAGACAUGUAUUUGUUACACCUACGUCACAAUUAGAUCAUAGUAUGAUUGAUUUUGUGUAUAUUUGCAAAGCUUACGAAUCAGAUCCAAUUAUGUUUGUUGAAAGAUGCUAUAACAAAAAUAAACAGAUAUUGUACAUCUAA